GCUUUGGAAAACUCCACAAUGUUGAAUAUAAAAACGGUUGAAGUGGACACUGAUGGCCGCUUGCCAAUAAUUGAAAACUUCGUAGAGGCCGUGGAAGAUUUUCCUCUAGUCACUGGUGAUUACGUAUUUCUAUCAAAUCAAGUACUAGAAGAUAUUCCGAAAGUGGUGCAUGUUGAAGAUGCAAAGUUACUUACACAAAAAAAUUGUCAUUUCAUAAUAAUAAGCGGUCUGUGCGGUGACUUGAACGAAUUGGCUCUCACCCAGGCCCCUAAGUCAUUAGUGGAAAAAGGUUAUUUGGUUGUGCGUAUUAAUAAUUCGUCUGGUAAGAUUGACUUGAAAAUUCCUAAUGAUUUUAAAAUGAUUGCCGAAUUGCCGGUUGAGAAUACUGCCGAAUUUAUCUUGUUGCUGCAAUAUGUGGGUACGAAGGCACCCUCACUGGAACCGAUUGCAGUUGAAAUUAGUGACUGUGAUAAGGAAUUCACGUGGAUUACUCAAGUCCAACAAUCUAUAAAUAAUAAGACUCCAACAAUUGUCUACGCACACAAUGAAAAACUAAACGGUUUAAUUGGUUUAGUGAAUUGUCUACGUAGGGAACCGGACGGCCACUUGAUUACAUGCUUUCUUAUAAAUGAUAAGAGUGCGCCAGCAUUCAACAUUAAUGAAUCUUUCUAUGCCACGCAAUAUGCCCUUGGACUAGCCGUUAAUGUUUAUCAAAACGGCAAAUGGGGUUCCUAUCGACACCUUCUGCUCCGUUUAGAGGAAAAAAUUGCGCCAAGAAAGGAUCAUGUUUAUGGUAAUGUUUUGCAAAGAGGCGAUCUUUCAUCAUUGCGUUGGAUCGAGGGUCCAUUUAACCCUAAGACUUGCGAUAUAAAAAUCGCUUAUUCAUCUUUAAAUUUUCGUGACAUAAUGCUUGCUACUGGGCGCCUAGCCGUAGAACUGUUUGGCGACAGUCGUUUAGAUCAAAAUUGCGUCUUGGGCUUGGAGUAUUCCGGUAUACAUACCAAGACCGGUCGUCGAGUAAUGAGUAUGGUGGCAAAGGGAGGAGUGGGAUCGUAUGUCGAAAACGCAUCCGGACUUAUUUGGGACGUACCAAACAAUUGGUCUUUAAAGGAUGCUGCCACUGUUCCCGUAGUUUAUAUAACCGUAUACUAUGCGUUUUUCAUAGUUUCUGAUAUACGUAAGGGAAAAAGUAUUUUAAUCCACGCUGGCACAGGGGGUAUAGGUCUUGCAGCAAUACGCGUUGCGUUAGCUUAUAAUCUGGAGGUUUUUACUACCUGCAGCACUUCUCAAAAGAAGCAGUUUCUGCUGGACACUUUUCCGCAACUUAAAGAGAGUCACAUCGGGAAUUCGCGAGAUACUUCAUUUGAACGUAUGAUUAUACGAGAAACUGAAGGCAAAGGCGUCGAUUUUGUUUUGAAUUCGCUCUCAGAAGAUAAAUUACUGGCUUCCGUACGCUGCUUGGGAUUCAGAGGAAAUUUCCUUGAGAUUGGAAAAUUUGACAUGGCAAACGACACCAAACUUGGGAUGAGUUGUUUCCUUAAAGAAAUCAAGUUUAAUGCAGUUUUAGCCGAUAGAU